AUGAUCAGGUCCAGUCCGCUCCACGCCAGUCCUGUCUCGAACGGAAGAGGCAUUGAGACAGCUCUGCCUGCGACUCGCCGAGGGUCUGAAGAUGCGCACAGGCAGAGCGUGCAUGCCCCGCUGUUGUCGGCCGGUGAGCACGCUGAGCUCGUGGAGCUCGGCUGGGCAUGUGCGGAAGUCUCUGGGAUCGACCCUCUCGAUUCCAUUAUUCGCAUUUUCGAUAUUUGGACGCCUGCAGCGGAGCGGAGAGUGGAAGCUGCGUCGCUGCUCUGGCCUCGCGGUGCGUCGCUUCGGGCACCAAGCACACGCUUCGCCGGGCCAGCAGCAGCCAAAGCCGAGCCCGCGCUCGACUCUGCAUACCAAGCCUCUUUGCGAUGCUGCACUUCCUCCAACAUGGUCGCCCCUAGCCCCUCGUCUUGCCCUCCUGAAGCAGCCACCCCGCAAUGCAGCGCAUCGAUCAAUCAAGCCAAGGACGGCCUUUGGUAUCAGGGCUCACGCAGCCGCCUUGGCCGUUCCGAGCGUGGCGCUCCCACUUGGUCCUUGAGAGCAUGUCGAGUUUGUGUAGGUCAGGGCGCUGACACAGCCGCUCCAGACAUCGUUCGCAGCAGGACGUCGGCCAUCGAACGUCCCAGCCGCGUUCGCUCAGUGCGCAUCGAAGGGCCGGCGUGA